AUGGCAAUAAACAAAAGAAAUACAAGAAAAUCUAAAGACAAGGAAUCCAUUGCAUUUAAAGCCUCAAAUGAAAGCUCUAAUGAUGAAGAUGAAAAGGUUAAGAAAGACUCCAAAAAGAAGAAAAAGAAUGCAAUGAAAGCUACCACGUGGGAUGACACAAGCACAAGUGAAUCUGAAAGUGAAUCAAGUGAUCAAGAAGUUGCUUGUCUUAUGGCAUGCGAUGAUAAUAAAGAACAAAGUUCCUCAUCUAAAUCAUUUAAUGAUUCUAGCAAUGAAUCCAGUGAAGAUUCAUCUAACGACUCAAAUGAUGAAGGAUGGAAUCCAGGGACAAUACUACCAACAUCGGAGGCAGUAGUAGUUAGGGUGUCGGCCAUAAGGCUAGCAGUGACUCUACUAUUGUACUACAGAACUUUGCGCAACAGCUUAUGGCUGAGGAUUCAAUACACUGUGUGGAUAAAGGUUCAACAGGUAGAUUAUGAACUGGUAGUGGCUACGCUAUCUGGGUCGAUAGUCGUAUCUAGUAAAGUAAUCAGUGACUUUCCAUUAGAAAUUUAUGAGAGGGUACUACCAGUUAAUCUUAUCGUAUUUGACAUGCAUGGCUUCGAUAUCAUCCUUGAGAUGGACUGGUUAUCUACCAAUUAUGCUAGUAUCGAUUACCAUAGGAGAGAGGUGGUGUUUAGACCUCCAGGGGAACGGGAAUUCAAGUUCUUAGGAUUUUGUGUGCGUUCAGAACCACGGAUCUUUUUAGCUAUGCAUGUUAGGAAGUUACUUCUAGAGGGAUGCCAAGGGUACCUGGAAUUUGUGAAAGACACGACGAAAGAAAAAUGUAAACUGGAGGGGAUUCCUAUAGUGUGCGAGUUCCCAGAGGACUUGCCGGGAUUACCUCCAAAUCGUGAGGUGGAGUUUGUUAUAGAGUUGGAUCCAAGUAUGGCGCCAAUAUCAAAAGCUCCAUAUCGUAUAGCUCCAUCAAAAUUGUGA